GAGUCAACUACUGACCGCUUGCAAUAUUCACCGGGGAUUUAUUCCAGAGGAGCUUACUCUAGAGGGCGCCAGAACGACGCUCGGGUGUCCUGGACAACUCAGCCUUACUUCAAGUGGAUUGCCCAUCAAAAAUUCUUCACUAACCGCCUUUUUCUGGUUCCCCGCAACGGCUUGACCUGCAGGGCUAAAUACCACAUUGAAAUCUGUAGGGCGCACGGAUCACUGUCACUUUCUGGGUUGUUAAAAAGAAAAGAAAAAGCGAAUACCAAAAAAAGAAUCAUCAACUAACUCCGUACGGGGUACAUAAGCACCGCCGGGCACCAGUUUAUCAUUCAUGAGCAUUCCAGUUCGGUGAAUACCAUUAUUUAAACAAGAGAGACUCUCAUCUCUGCUUAACUUUAUCUACGAGAGAAGUCUAUCCUCUUUCCCUCUAAGACUGGCUUCCCAUUUCUCUGCCUUCUCUGCUGUUCGCAUUUUGAAGCCCUACAACCCCGCUGUUUACUCUGUAUAGCCGAUUCAAUGCCUUCUGAAGGCGUGCCGAAGUGCCAGCGGUGUCGCAGAGAUCACAAAAAGUGCUCUCCCGACAACAGACCCUGGCCAGGGCCAAAAUGCGACCGCUGCGAAAACUACGGAUACGAAUGCUCUGAAAAUAUGAUGGCCCGGCGGUCAUCGCAGAAGGAUAUCGACCCGGCACGGACCCCAGGUUGUCUGAUAGAGAGCAUGCCUCAUGCGAAGUUCUAUUACCAAUCCGUCGUAACCCAGGCAUUACCGAUGGGGCCCCAGCCGCAAACGUCAAACGUUAUUUCAAGGCCGGUGUCCACGCCAUCCCCCUGGGUGGGACUGUUCGAAUACCUUAGAUAUAUCGACUGGCAAAAUAUGAAAUGCUUUCGGGUCUACCCCGACCCAUUUGCUGCCAUAUUUCGAUCUUCUAGUUGCCCCGUGCCAGACCUCUCAGAUACCCCUCUUGGCAGGCGCCAAAUGUAUCUCGAGAUCUUUUUAGAACAUCAAAGAUUGAUGCACAACACAACAUCAUUGGAAGCAUCGAUAAAUUUUUUUGUUAAUCAGUUACAGAGACGGCACCCUCGGAUUGCAACGGCGUAUAGUCCGGAGGAGUUGUCAGGAAUAUGCGCGAGCCAUAUCCGCUACGGUUCAUACUGGCAUGUUCUUAGAUCGGAACUCCAGACGGACGAAAUCUUAUUGAUCGAUCCGAACUAUUCAUUUGACGCUGAAAUCCCGAAGAUCACAUUUGAGAGUGCAAAACAAUUUUGGCUUUCUCAACAUCUUGGCCUUCGACAGUUCUGCCAAAAGCUCUCUGGGCUCAGCCAAAUGAUUUCAGACUUGGCGCGAACGGAUCCUAAUUCUGAAGAGCGCGCAUUUUUAGCCACAAAAAUUCCGGACAGGCUAGAGGAGGUGCUCGGUCCUCGAAUUUCCCCAUUUGGAGAACCGAUACGCAUGUGUGCUCCAUCAUUUUUCCCUAUUGAUGUCCUGACAAGCUCCCCCAUGGAAACAACCGAUGCGGAUGUAUAUUCACCGAGCGACUCUGCGGGCGCAGAAGAAUCCGAUGAUGGAUACGCGCUAGGUGACAGAGCGUACCAAGCUAUUCUAGGAAAUAGCUAUUUCAGUGAAAAUGAUCUUUGGGGUCAAUGACAAAGCAUUGGUCGUGCGUUGGAGCUAGAUGGACCACGCAUUGUCUUUCCGGCAUCCCGCUACGGAACAGCGAAAUCCCACGUCAUUAAUUCCAGUGCUUAUUUCAAUUGUCAUGGCGUCGUUACGAUCAGGCGGUGAACUUGGUUUCUAAUUUGUUCUCAUGCAUUAUCACGGAUUCCCUGUUGUCGGCGAUGGUAUCAAGUUUAUCAUAUAACUUUUUUUUUUUUCAAUUUAUUCGCCAAGAAUUUUCAACCUCCAAUUCUGCGAGGCUCAUUUGGGCAGUUGAUAGGCUUGACUCGCAUUCU